AUGCCCCAAGUCUACACAACAGACCACUCAAAAUCUGUUCUUCAAACCCACAGCUGGCGUACAGCCCAAAACUCAGCGCCCCAUCUAAUCCCACACAUCCAACCAACGCACAAGAUCCUAGACGUGGGCUGCGGGCCAGGCUCAAUAAGCGUCUCACUAGCCAAACUCGUCCCAGGCGGCUCCGUCACGGGCGUAGAAUACGUCUCCGACCCGUUAUCUGGAGCACGCGCCCUCGCGCAAGCAGAAGGUGUAACGAACAUAACCUUCCAAGAAGGCGAUAUCCACGCCCUCCCAUUCGAAGAUGGAUCCUUCGACAUCGUGCACGCGCAUCAGGUGCUGCAGCACAUUGCGGACCCGGUGCUGGCAUUACGGGAGAUGAGGAGGGUUGUGAAGAGAGGCGGUAUUGUUUCUUGUCGGGAGUCUGCGGUGUUGACAUGA